AUGUUGAUCAAGAUGCUCGUGAAAGGUGGCUUGCACCACCAGGUGGCAGGGUUUCCUCGAGUGCGUCACGAUCAUAUACCCACAGUCAACGGGGUCAUUCUGUCAAAGCAUAUGGUUCAGAACCAGAUGACGCCAACAUACACAUACUCUCAAGCCACCACUCUAGAGGAGUAUCACCAAGCUGUUGCCAACCAGGCGGCUAGUUCAGCCGCAGCUGCCAAUCUUGCCAGCAUCCAGAGUCUGGGUGUAGCAGUUCCAACCAUUUCUUCAGAGCCAGGUGGCCAGACCAUCUACACCACUACCCCCGUCACAUCAAAUGGCGCAGCAGAGCAACAAGCGUUCCUGAGAGAGGCACAAAAGAGCCUCUGGAUGCGAGAACUAAAAGCAAUGCCUGAGGUUGAACUUCAGACUUCCGAGAGUGAUGUAGGCACGAUACCCCCAACCAGUGGCACCAUCUCUCCAAACACGGGCCCAAAACGACUACAUAUCUCCAACAUCCCAUUUAGAUUCAGAGAGGCAGAUUUGCGACAGUUGCUAGGGCAGUGUGGAACAAUUUUGGAUGUGGAAAUAAUUUUUAACGAGAGAGGAUCUAAGGGAUUCGGUUUCGUAACUUUCGCAAAUAGCAGUGAUGCCGACAGAGCACGUGAGAAAUUGAACGGCACUGUGGUUGAGGGACGAAAGAUUGAGGUUAACAAUGCAACUGCACGAGUCAUGACCAAAAAGGUGACUGUCCCCACACUAGCUACUG